AUGGCAAAUGCAGAUAGCGAGGUCAAAACGUUGCUGAAUUUUGUGAAUUUGGCAUCCAGCGACAUCAAGGCGGCUCUGGACAAGUCAGCUCCGUGCAGACGCUCUGUGGAUCACAGGAAAUACCUGCAGAAACAACUAAAGCGUUUCUCUCAGAAAUACUCCAGAGUUCCCAGAUGCCACACGCACAGGUCUCCCGAGUUUGGGUGCGCAAAGCCAGUGGGGACUAUUCACCAGAGCGUGAAGAUCACUGAAAAGGCCGGUUCGGAUGCGCAAGAUGCGGAGAAUGCGGGGAGCGCUGUUGUGGAGCAGGUGCCCAUGAGGAAACGCCAGUUACCAGCCUCAUUUUGGGAGGAACCCAAGUUGACCCAAACUAAGAGGGAGCACUCACAUGUAGGAUUGAAAAAGAACCCAGGCGUAUCCGAGGCCAGUGAGAAUGAAAAGAAGAAAAGAGGUUAUGAUGAUGAUGCAAAAGCCACAUUGUCUGCCUCCAGUCGACGCAGCUCUGCGGAUAAAGAGACACUAAAAUUGGACCUGACCUCUCACCACUGUGUGAGUGUGUGCGGCUGCUGCCCCUUUCAGUACCACGGACACCAGGUCCUCCACAGUCAUAUUGUUGUCCCCCAUUCACCCCUGGGACUAUGGGGCAAAGCAGCAGGGGCUGAAACAGAGAUACCUGAGCAUCCUUAUGGACAGAAAAUCCACACGCACGUUGUGGUCAAACCCAUUCCGACUAAACCCACUGUUUCCUCAUCGAUUUUCAGCGUAUUUGGCUUCAUUUAA